GAAAUGCACUGUCGACCAGGUCUUCCUUCGUCCAGAAUUUUGAGGCUGCUACAUAUUAAAACAUGUGCAGUGGUUCUUGUUCCGUGUCUGUUCGAGUACAGGACCAUGUUGAAUGAGGAAUGCGUACGUGACUGGUUGACAAAAAGUCUUCAUAGGAAUGUAAAAACUACUAUAAAAGCGUAGUUAUGUGUCUAUUUCAUUGGAAGACAUUUUGUAAAGGAACAGGGAAUUACACUACAACAGUGACAUCAAGCACGGACAAAUCCACUCAUAAAUCUAAACUCUUAGGAGUACCUUCAUUUUUGUGCACUUGCAAACGAGGAAAUCAAUAUACUCCACGCUCGUGUGAUCGUUUCAUUUUACUUUUGUCCACGUGAUAACGGAAGCAGAAUGCCGGAAUAACCUUCCGGCAUGUCCAAGUCGGGGUGCAUACCUCUUCAGGCACCCUCUCGAGCCAUUAUUGCUCGUAAUUCUGUCAUAGGAAUUAGCGUCCACAUCUGGCGCUGUUUGAUUUUGAAUAAGAGGGCAAUAUAUUGCGGAGAGUAGCAAUGCAUUGAAGUUUUAGACCAUGCAUCAAUGUGAAAGUGUUUUUGCUAUUUGGAUUGUACUAAAUAGUAAAAUAUUGGGAACUGUGUGUUAUGUGACCAUCGAUUGUAAAGCACAGGGUGUGGAGUGUUUUGGAUAUUUAGGAAUGUCAGAUUGUUUGCUAUUGGAUUUAAAAAAGGAAUUCCCCCUACUGUUUGAAGGCAAGGGAAAUAUGUUGUGGCCAGGUCGACCCACACAGUUCCGAAAUAGUUCCAUAAAUGUGACGGAGCGAGCACUUGUUCUCCACUGGCAGCCUCCUCUAGACAGCAGUAUUCGGGACGUCUUGGGAUUCUUUAUUACGAUACAUGGAGUGGAUGGGUUUGCUAGUGGACUUCAUCAGUGUAUCAUUAUACGACUCAAUCAUCCACUAAGUGCCAGUCAUUAUAAGACCGAGUUUUCAGUAACAUACCGUCCAGUGUUUGAGUCCUCAAUUUACGACUUCCGGUUAGUCUCUCUCCCGACAGCUGACCUUCAGUUCGACACCAAUGACGACACGCUGGCAACGCGAAUUCGGACUCAAAUCGGAAAAGUUUCGGAUCCAACUUCUCCUGCUGAUUGGACGACAGCAAUGUUCUGCAAUUCCGAUGACGUCACGAUCACAGUGGCGUUUGGUUUGCCCCCGAAACACUUCAAGAUGAGGACAUUUGACGUCACAAUCGUGCACAUGUUGAAUAACCAUUCUCGCUUAUGGGAAAAUUCCAGCAGAAUUUCCAUACUAGAUAGUAAUGUUGGACAAUUUCAUCAGCUGCAAUGGAAUUACAGCAACUUCAAAGAAACAGACGGGGACAGGUUUCUGAUACUGCUUCGUCCUCUUGACAUGGUGAUAGGUCUAGAAGAGUGCAUUUGUUACAAUAGUGGCGGAUUGUGUGUAGGUGUGUGUCGGCAAUCCUCUUGUGAGAUACUCAAAGGUCACUCAAAGCAAGAAAUUCCUUCAAGCAGAAUUUCUCUGGAGGAUGAAAUCGCCACCACCAAUCCUCUCUCCGAACACGUUUUCUCCAUUUCUACCUCAAUAUCACUUCUAAUGAUAUCGGUGACAGUCGGAUUCAUACUUUUCUUCCUUAGAAGACGUUUCAAGUUUGACAGCAGAAAGAAAAAUCAUGAUGCAAACUUUGAAAUGAUCCCUAACAACCAUGAUGCCUCUGAAGCUCUGACGUCACUUGAAUCGACUGUACUUCCUGCCGCAGUAUAUCUGCGACAAACACAUCCAGAUGCCCUUUACUUUGAUGGUAAUUUUGAUCCUUUUAUCAAACCUUCCCCAGAUUUUGACAAAGGAAGUAUGACUCUCAGUGAACAAAUGCUUCAAAUCAACGAAAACUACCUCAAAUCCAUCAACCACGACGGAAGCCAAAUCAGCCUAGGUGAAAAGAGCCUUUAAAAACAGAGUAUUUGCAGAUGGUGGCGGUUUCGCUUUAUGGAAAGACAAUCAUGUAAUCCACGUGAACUGCAAUACACGGAAGCUGAGAGGCCCGGAAACAACCCAGAUUCCCAUUUAACACCACACAAUAGUAGUGUGACGUGUACGGGUGCAAGGACUCGCUACUCAUGUUUUUAUUUUGAGGCCAGUCCACAUUACAGGGAUAACAUAAUCCAGACUCAAUAUAAGCUUCACCAACAAUACAGUUCUGUAUAUCAAAAUGUAUGGGUAGAUAACUGUAGGUUAAUUUAACCCAGUUUGGAGACGUUGUGAGGUAUCAUUUAAUUUCAUCCUAGUUAAUCUGGAUCAGGAUUAACUUUCUAGAGUUUAGAUGAAAUGAUUAUAAUCUGGAUCCGGAUUGACUUUUUAGUGCAUGAAUGACAUGAGCUGGAUCCGGAUUGAUUUUUAUUGUUUGAAUGACAUGAUCAUGAUUUGGAUCCGGAUUGACUUUUCAGUGUAUGAAUGACAUGAUGAUGUAUUUAUUGUUCCCGGUUAAUCUGGAUCCGGAUUGAUUUUGUAGUGUUUGAAUGAACUAAUGAUGUGUUUGUUAUUUUUAGUUGAUUAAUUUGGAUCCAAAUUGACAUUUUUAGAGUUUGAAUGUUGAUGAUAAUCUGGAUCCGGAUUGAUCCUUUAGUGAUUGAAUGGCAUUAUGAUGUGUUGUUAUUCGUAGUUGAUCCUGUAGUGAUUGAAUGGCAUUAUGUUGUGUGUUAUUCGUAGUUGAUCCGGAUUGAUCCUGUAGUGAUGGAAUGGCAUUAUGAUGUGAUUGUUGGAGUAACAAACCUAAUAAACGUUACUUUAAGCAUGUAUUAAGACUCAGACAUGAGCAUGCUUCCCGAAUAAAAAUGAAUUGAC